CAUUAAUUCAAUUAACACAAUUUACAUUUUGACAUGGAUCACAAAGAAAAAAAAUGUAAUUGCUGAAUGUCAAGGUAAGUUUUCUGAAAAGCUAAAUCACAGAUGUCACAACUCGUACAUUCUCGUCUAAAUCCAUGCCCUUCCCUUAAUAGGUGAGGUUUAAACCGCCCUUCCAACUUAAUGUCACUUUUUCUUAAACCCAGAAAAUAUUUACUAAGAUGCAUUGUACAUUAACAGCUGGCCACUGAGCAGCUAUGUGAUGCAUUUUUAGUUGCUUAUAAUCCUAUCCUUGCGUGCCUGACACAUUUUAGUCUAGUACGCUGUGGUCCGUCUGGUCAGAUCUGACCUUUUUAUUCCAUAGAAUUUAGUGUUGCCACUAUGUUUUAUCCACUUGACAGACCUAGCGAUGCUUGUUCAUAGGCAGGCAUGCCCUGGUUAAUAAUAAUGUCAAGUACUAUUUCAAAUGAUAUUCAAUCUGCUCAAAAGCAAGGAUCUAGGAAUCAGAUUAAAAUCCCCAUGGGAAGCAUGGCAUUAAAGUUCGACAUUGCUUACACUUUUACAUAAUGUAUGAAUUAUUGAAGUGUAUCCAUGUCAGACACAACUUAGCAUAGAAGACACAUUGCCCAGGAUAAAAAGGUCGCCUUACAAGAUGUGAAUGCACCUGUAAAAAGUCUCCCCAUAUGACACUGACGAUAGCUAUCUUGUUUAUACGAAUAUGUAAUUCCAACGUUAAUCGAUACGAUUUACGAUUAAUUCUUUUUACGCAUAGCAAUAGCAAACAUACGUUUUCACAAUUAUGUUAUUGCACGAGACGCUGUCGCACUAAAUUAAACAGGUGAUGCUUAACCUGUUUACCCCAAACUGAUAAUAACUAAGCAGGGUGGGGCAGUGCGCAUGCGCGGUACCUCUUUGUGGCCCUUCUCUUCUUGGUGCUUGCCUGGUCUUCAGUGACCUAUUCCAGCAGUAAAUCCUAAGGAUAGGACUGUUAGGCAAAGAUAUAACCACUCAUUUGACAUUAUUAGUAAGGCUGCACUGUACAAACCUAUCUUACUAUAGGCGGAAAUCGUCCGACAGGCACAGAUCGCCCAGGGCGUCGACUGGCCAACAAGCAGAGCAUCCAUUCAUCCCUUCAUUGGCAGCUGAGGUGCUCCAGUCGAGCUAGCUAGCGUUAGCCAAGAGGUAGUGGGCAGCUGUGUCGGAGGGAUCUUCAAACAUGUCGGGUUACCAAGGAAAGAAGAACAUUCCACGAAUUACAAGUGACCGUCUCCUGAUCAAAGGAGCAAAGAUAGUGAAUGAUGAUCAGUCAUUCUUGGCUGAUAUCUACAUGGAGGAUGGAGUCAUCAAGCAACUAGGCGACAACCUCAUUGUUCCCGGGGGAGUUAAGAUCAUAGAGGCUCAUGGGAGAAUGGUGAUGCCUGGGGGCAUUGACGUGCACACCCGAUUCCAGAUGCCUGACCGAGGCAUGGUGGCAGCAGAUGACUUCUACCAGGGCACUAAGGCGGCCCUGUCUGGGGGGACCACUAUGAUCAUUGACCAUGUGGUGCCGGAGCCUGGUGGCAGCCUGAUUGCAGCUUUCAAACAGUGGCGGGAGUGGGCUGAUGGCAAGUCCUGCUGUGACUAUUCUCUGCAUGUGGACGUCACCGGGUGGAACAAAGGCACUCAAGAAGAGAUGGAGGCCCUCGUGAAGGAUCAUGGUGUCAACUCUUUCCUGGUCUAUUUGGCUUAUAAGGAUGUUUUCCAACUUUCUGACUCUGAGAUCUAUGAAGUGUUCAGUGUAAUCAGAGACCUUGGAGCCAUUGCACAGGUGCAUGCUGAGAAUGGAGACAUCAUUGCAGAGGAGCAGAGACGUAUUCUAGAGCUGGGGAUCUCUGGCCCUGAAGGACAUGUACUUAGCCGCCCAGAGGAGGUGGAGGCCGAGGCAGUCAAUCGAUCUGUCACCAUAGCAAAUCAGACCAACUGUCCCCUCUACAUCACCAAGGUGAUGAGCAAGAGUGCUGCUGAUGUCAUUGCCCUUGCCAGGAAAAGGGGUGCCGUGGUUUAUGGAGAGCCCAUUUCUGCCAGCUUGGGCACAGAUGGUACCCAUUACUGGAGCAAGAACUGGGCAAAGGCAGCAGCCUAUGUCACUUCUCCACCACUCAGUCCUGAUCCCACCACACCCGACUACCUCAACUCUCUGCUGUCAUGUGGGGACUUGCAGGUGACUGGUAGUGCUCACUGCACUUUCCAGACAUCUCAGCGUGCAAUAGGCAAAGAUAACUUCACCCUCAUCCCAGAGGGCACUAACGGCACUGAGGAGAGGAUGUCCCUAAUCUGGGACAAAUGUGUUGUGACUGGCAAGAUGGAUGAGAACCAGUUUGUGGCGGUGACCAGCACGAACGCGGCCAAGAUCUUUAACCUGUUCCCUCGCAAGGGUCGUAUUGCCGUGGGGUCUGAUGCCGACCUCGUGCUGUGGGACCCAGAUUCCACUAAGAUCAUCUCAGCUAAGACCCACAACCUGGCUGUGGAGUAUAACAUCUUUGAGGGCACAGAAUUGCGCGGAGGUCCUGCGGUGGUGAUCAGCCAGGGCAAGAUUGUGUUGGAGGAGGGCAGCCUUCACCCCACGGAGGGCUGCGGUCGCUACAUCAGCCGCAAACCCUUCUCUGACCACGUUUACAAGAGGAUAAAGGCUCGCAGCAGGCUCACAGAGUUGCAAGGAGUCCCCAGGGGCCAGUAUGAUGGGCCGGUGUGUGAGGUGACUGUGACCCCAAAGGUGAUGUCCACCAUCUCCUCAGUGAAGACUUCCCCUGCCAAGCAGCAGCAGCAGCAGCAGCAGAUUACUCAGCAGCCAGUGCGCAACCUUCACCAGUCUGGCUUCAGUCUGUCUGGUGCCCAAGUUGAUGACAACAUUCCUCGUCGCAGCACUCAACGCAUUGUGGCUCCACCUGGUGGAAAAGCCAACAUCACCAACCUCGGCUAGGCUCUUUCCUAAACUGAGCUGGGGUGCAGGGCGACACGGGACCAGAGGCCACUCUGCUGUCACAUCACAUUUGGUCACCUCUGACUCACCCUCACCCCACCCACAAGCACUCCAUCCAUUCAUAUUCACACACUACCAUUAUGUCACUUUGUGCAACAAAAAAAGAGGAAAGCACUAUUCCAUACUGUUUCAUCUUUCCUGCCAUAUUCCAUUGACAAGGAAGGAUCAUGUGAAUUGAAGCAGAUUUUUUUUUUUUUUUUUUAAAGCCCAGUUUGGUUGUGGAUGAAAUUUAUUUGUUUACAUUUUUGUAUAAUUUUUGCUGUACAUGUUUGAGCUGUUCGGUUGCCCUCUUGGCUCACAAAGUUAACAGAAAAGAAGAGGUUAGUUUCAUGGGCAGGCAUUUUAGAAACUGCAGGUGUUUACAAUCUUUCUCAAUGCGCUGUUCAUUUAACAGAAGUUAUAAUGCGCUGGUGUUCUUGUGACUGCGCCACCAUUAGGUGAAAAGCCUCCAUUGUCCAUUUUGUAACACUGUUGAGCUGUAAGGUUGAUGUUUUAGUACUAAAAUGUGACAUUGUUGACACAAAAAAAAUCAAAAUACUAAUCAUGAAAGAUCAGACUGAAGAACAUGGUUUCUUCAUCUCAACAUCUAAUGCUAUCUGAAGUUUGCAGUAUUUAAUCUUUGUGUAGUUACUGUGUAAAACAGAACAAAUCACCUCGGUCCUCCUUUUGAGUUAUAGUUGCACUCUUCAUUAAAAAAUAAAUAUUUUUAAAUAUAUCACGUUAACUCAUUUUGGGAGACGCUGACUGCACUGAAAGGAAAAGAAAGCUGCUCAUUCAACUCCGCCCUGAAUAUGGGUAGGGGUGGAAGAAAUGGCUGGCACAUAACAUUUUGUCUGAGUCACGUGAACCUUUUCCCUCAUCUCAUCUUUUAGUUUUUUCCUCGUGUUUAUUAAAAGGUUGUGAGGGCUAAAAGCUUCAAAUAAUCCGACCGGUGUGUAUUGUUCAGGAAUCAGACCGACACUACGAAGAAGCUUUGCUGACGACUGCUCUGCACCUGGUGCUAUAUGACCGUUGCUGUAUAUGUGCAGAUGAUGUCCACACCCACACAGCACUCACCAUUUACCCAGUUUUGACAACAUUUGUUUUGCACUCGUAAAGAUCCAAAUGAUAAAAAUAUAUGUGAGCUUGCAACUUUUUAUUUGUAAUGGAUAUGUCUGUAUGUUUUAGGAUAUUUGUUGAAUCAAACUACUUGCCUGCCUGUUCCGUAAGAUAUUGAUAGCGCACUGUAUCUAUGAAGGCUCUCUUUAAAGAAGUAGAACCAUGAUCUUUGAGACCUGAUGAAAAAUGCUUCGGUAUGUAUAUGAAAUCCCCCACAGUGUGUUGAUGAUGUGUCCUCUGUUCUCGGUGUUAGUGUCGUGAAUGACUUAUCAGAUAUCCAGUUUCUCAUUUCUUAGCCCCUCUACCUGCCCAACACUGAUGACACCAGAUUCAUUCGAGGUUGUAACUGUGUUCACUAAACCACAGUCAGUUUCACGGCACUGUGCAGCCAUACAGUAAAACACUGGAUUAUUUCUUCCUCA